AUGGUGGCUGCGGCCUUUCCAGUUGCUAAACUUGGUUUCCUUCUUAUUAAACAGGCAAACAAUAGGAAAGAGUAUGUAUGUAUCCCAAUAGCCCAGGCUUUCCACUGGUAUGAGAUCAAGCUGAAGAUGAAAACCUUGAAUGUUGGCGGAAAGAUAAUUAUAUCCGUAGCAUCCACCAUCUCUAUUUACGAAUAUUCAAGGAGUUCUGAGAAGGAGAUGAAAAAAGAGGAGGCUCUGCAGCAGGAACGGGACAGAAUAAAAAAUAAAAUCUUUGAAUUGGAAUUCAGAGUUGAGAAACAGUCUACACAAAUACGAGAGCUGGCAAGAACAGUAAUUCAUAUCGAAGAAGAUAUUCACAAGAGAUCAUUAAGAAGAAUAUUUGAACAAAAACCAAAGUUAAGUCCUCAGCUCCUGGAGUCAGCAGAAGAACCCGAAAAUAAAAUAUACCUUGUUCAACCUCUUGAGGAGGCUCAACAGCCACAGCAAGAAGGCCAACAGCAACAGCAACCUCAGGAGGAUCAACAUAAACACAAACAAUUGAUUGCGCAAUCAGGAUCUUCAUCACAGAAAAAGAUAAAUUCGACAGUUGAUAAGAAGAAUAUCGACUCUUUGGUAAAUGAAGGGAAGAAGGAAAAUGUUGAAGAGAGCCAGCAACAGAUGAAAAAAGGAUUAAUUCUCUCCGCUGCCACUGACAUUUUAGAACGAAAGAGUAAAUGAAAAUGGAGAACGAACUACAGAGAAUCUAAAUGUCCUUCAAUUUAGUAAUUUAUAUCACUUCAUAUUAGAAG